AAUAAUUAAUUUAAAUUUAAUCAUAAUUAAAUAAAUUAAUGUUUAAAAUCAAUAAAUAAAAUAUGGAAUUGCUUCUAGAUCCUAAUAUACGAGGAUGGGUGUUUUUACCAAUCGUAGUAAUAACGUUUUUAGUUGGAAUUGUUAGACAUUAUAUAGCAAUGUUAUUAUCAUCACAGAAAAAAGUUGAAUUGCAACAAUUGCAAGACAGUCAGGUGAUGAUAAGAGCGAGAUACCUCAGAGAGAAUGGCAACUAUUUACACCCCCAAUCAUUCCUGAUGCGAAGACAUUUCUUCAACAACGAAGAAACCGGUUAUUUCAAAACCCAGAAACGACCUGCCACAAAUAACAACCCCAUGACCGAUCCAAGUGUUAUGACAGACAUGUUAAAAGGAAACAUUACUAAUGUUUUGCCUAUGAUUGUUAUCGGUGGCUGGAUUAAUUGGAUGUUCUCAGGAUUUGUUACAACAAAAGUGCCAUUUCCGUUGACGUUGAGGUUUAAACCGAUGUUACAAAGAGGUGUGGAAUUAGCUUCAUUGGAUGCUAGUUGGGUAUCAUCUGCCAGUUGGUAUUUUUUGAAUGUUUUUGGUCUGCGCAGUAUCUACACUUUAGUUUUAGGGGAAAAUAAUGCCUCUGAUCAAACCCGAAUAAUGCAAGAACAAAUGUCCGGAGCAGCCAUGGCAAUGCCACCAGAUCCAAAAAGUGCAUUCAAAGCCGAAUGGGAAGCUUUGCAAAUAAUCGAACAUAAUUGGAAUUUAGCAAAUGCAGAUCAGCAGCUUUUAAACAAAGCCAACAAUAGCACUUCAUAA